AUGGCCCUUCCGGAUGUGAAAAUGCUGGAGGGGCUGCAGCGUGCAUUGCAGGUGUUCCGUUUACGAGGAUCAUCAACUGGCAGUGGUCGGCGACUCGUUGUUGUAUUCGAACAGACGGACCCAGAGGCCAGGCGUGAGUGUGGCCGGGAACCGCAUCAGUCGGACGAAUCCAAGCCCCGUCGUUGUGGAGAUCGUCUCCAUUGCAGGAGGCCCAAAGACAAUGAGGAGGCAUGGGCAACAGCAUAUGCACAGGUGAUCUCCGAAUUUUUAAAGUACCACAACGGAGAGUUUGUUUCGCUUGAGUUGCCAAGUUGUGGUCAAUGCACAUGGGAUGCAGUCUUGGAAGGGGUACGGAGGCUGGACGAGUUUGACACAGCUUCGCUAGGCAUGACUACGGUGGAGCUCAGCGGCAACGUGACCCCGCCACCCUUUCACGCAUGGAAGGAAUGUGCAGGCUCAGCAGCUUCUAUGACAGGAUCUGCAGUGUUCUCGCCUUCAGUACAGGUUUCCCAAGAAACCGAAGGUGCAGUGCGUGACAGGAUUUGUCAACAGGCUCAGUUCGUGGAGAUGGAGCUGGAAAAACACAAACACAAAGUGCAGCUGGACCAUACGUUCACCUCUGAAACCAAGGAGCUGCUCCGUCUGCUGCCAGAGGAUAUCACCAAGGUCAAUCCGGCCAGUGCGCAAAUCCUGGAGAAGCUUUGCACUUGUCGCACUUUGCUUUCGACGGAUCACGCUCUUUUCAGCGCUCUGAAGGCUGAUUCUUCCACGCUGCCCGAAUCUGCUUGGCACAUUCUUGACACUUUCGAAGGGUUGUACGCACUGAAGUUGCUACGGGCUGCCUUCCUAUGGUUCGAUGAGUUCAAUAAGUGGAAAGUGAAGCACCACAUUUGCUCGAACUUCACAGAGCAGCUCAUUCGGGACAUGAGCAACCUUCUUGCGCACUAUUUCGAGUCGAACCAGAGCAAGAAGACGACAGCCUCCCAACCAUGUGCUUUGAUUCUGAUGACAAAGCUGGCGCAAACCAGUCACAUGCUGAAUGGCAAUUCCUCGAAGCUUCUUGAUGCUGCUAAGGCUUGCAUGCUUGAUCACUUCAGCGUGUGGGAGCAUCCCGAAUGGCCGAUGUUAGGCAAAAGGUUCGCAGAAGAGCAUGUCAAGGAGUGGGCCGUGGAAUUUCUGAGCUGCAUCAGUGGUGAACUGGGGCAGUUCUGCCCGGAUUUGCUGGGACAUCUUCACGCUCGAUUGAUUUUCUCCUCUUCCUUUCUGGCAGCGACACUGGCGGCUGGAGGUAAGGCUGAGAAGGCAUUUCUUCCAGCAUCUUUGCCUUCGUUCGUCAAUGAAGUGGUUGUACUGAUGGACGGUCAGCAGGAAGACGAGUUGCAAUUCCUGGCAAAGGUUUGCGGUGUUUUUGGCUGGUCGAAGCUUUUUGAGUCCGACAACACUAAACAUUUUUGUUUGGAGGGAGAAGAAGCUUUGAGCCGUCUUGGUGACUUCGCGAAACUGGUAUGGCAGGGUUCACGGCAGAAGGCUCGACCGGCUCGACCAAUCAAACACAAUUCCGAGCUUGGCAAGAAAUUAGCAUCAUCAAAAUGUGCUUGGUCAACCAAUCUGAAGGGCCCAUAUUUCUGGGAGAUGAGAAUGCAGACAUUGCUGACUUUCUGCUGCGAGUCAACUUGGCUCGUGGACUCGGACUUGCUUGAUUUCCUUCUACAAGAGAAAGUGUGUGUUCGCCAUCCAGACAACUUGAAGAUGUACAGCUGGUCGACGAGUUGGGCCUGCGCGGCGAUAGAUGAAGUCGUGUUAUUCUUUUCUUGGUUGAAGAGUUUCGUGCGACACGAUGCUUUACUACAGCCUCUGGAAGUUUUUCUCGAGAACAUGUGCAAGGAUCCUCGAAACUGGAAGCCUCACGACAUUCCUGCUGCCCUCAUGAGAGCAGUGCGUCCAAGGUACAGGUGGAAAGUCAUGGACGUGUUGAGCCUUGUUAAGCAGAGCUCAGCGAUUGAUAGAAGCUACAGCCGUCCCCAGCUUGAGGAGCACCUGCGCAUCCUUAACGAGGACAGCGGCAAGCUGCAAGCUGAUGAAGAAAGCAAGAUGGUCCCACUUCUCAGUGAGCUGAGCUGCAGGCUGGGAGUGCUGGAGGCUGCGCGUCUCAUCACCAAGUGCCCUUGCCGCUAUGACGCCAAACGGCCCCAGUGGCAGCAAUUCAAGUCACAGCUAGCGAAUCAGCUAUGUGAAUCACUGGGCUCUGACACCGCAGACGCUCCUCUGCUCGAAAGCUCCUCCCUGGUACGGGGUACGACGCUGACGCCUCCCGCACGCUCUUAUUUGGAGGAUGUGGCAAGGCAGUCCUUCGGCCCUGACCAGUACUGGCGUGAUCCACAUCAUGGGAGGGUUUUGAAAAACAUCGUGGAGAGAUAUGCAUCGGAUCCGAGCGAGAUUUUGGAAGUGCUUGCCCGGCAGGCCGUGCUGUGUAUCCCAAAGCUGAUUGAGCCUGGUGGCAAGUUGAACAUCGAAAGACCUCUCGUGGAGCUCAUCACGCGAAUUUGGAAGACAGAUGCCAAGCUCAAGGAGACUUUCGGGGACACCAUGAAGAAAUGUGUGUUUCCUCUCCUCGGAAGCUUUUGGCAGAGAGUUCAGGACAGAGAGAUCUCGCGAGAGAACUUGCAGAACAUGUUGUGCGAGGUGGAGGCGGCCGUGGAGCUGUUGUACAUGGGUGUACAGGCGAAGAGGCAAGGCAAAUCGCCGGAUGCUCGCGCUGUAGACAUGUGCAAGGACCGUGCAGAAGACGAACUGAAGGAGCAUCUUCUGAAGGAUUUGCUUUUGCUGGAAGCGGAAUGGUCCGCAGCGUCGGAGCUAAAGGAGUGCUUUUCCACGGUUGCCAGCUGGUGCGCAAUGCAGCCAGGUGGCUGUGCAGCCCACGUCGGGGAAGAUAACCUGACGCUUCGUGCAUUCAAGAGCAGCCUCCAAAAUGCCUCCAGCAAGCUAUCCCUGCAUGCUUGGCAGGUCGCCAUGCUGAAACCUUUUCUGGAGGAGGAGCUCCAGAUUCCGUGCACAGAGCCUUCCUGGCUGCUGAAAUGGCACCUGGAGGCAGGAACAGGAGGCUUGAACGUAUUCCUGGACAAGCUACUGCUUAUGGACCAGGCUUGCCAUGAAGGCCUCGGCACUGAGAUCUAUCAGGCGACAAUCAACACACACGGCUUCAAUGCUCACCGUGAAGUCGCAAAGCUGCAAAGGUUGAUGGAGAAUGCAAGAAGAUGUGUCGAGAUGGAGCUUACAUUGGGCUGCUCGCAAGAUGCAACUCCCAUGGGACAGAAUCAGUCGCCCAACCUAAGAUUGCUGGUUCAGGAGGAAGGGUCCGAUCAACUCUUACGCCGCUUCUGCGAAAGCUCUUCCAUGUGGGAGCGGGGUCUGCGUGAAGCCAACAGUCGUGUUUUGCGAGAUCGGCUCACGGAGGUGAUUGCGGUGCUGGACAGGCUUGAGCUCCACAUGGUUGCCGAGGAACUUCGUGCCCACCUUGACAAAUGUUCAGACACUUUGGGCCAACUGCUGGGAGCAUUUGACUCAUCGCUGUUUAUGGAGCUAUUGCGGGAGGUGGCUUGGCCGACUGGAGCUCAGGAGGGGCAGCCCAACUUCGUAGUCCAAUUGCUGAAGAGUGACGGCAUGGAGAUGUUCUUGGGGUACGUGGGCCAGCAGGACCAAGACGUAUCUUGGCUGGAAGCACUGAGGAAGCUCUACGACAAGACUCAUGCCUGGCUACAAGCCGACAGUUUUCAGGACUUCGCAGCACGCCUCAAUUCCAGCAUGCAAACGGCAGGUGCUGUCACUCAAAUGCGCGGCGCACUUCGACGCGUCAUCUUGGAUUACGACAGCAUCAGUGAGAGCUAUGCGGCCAGGAGAGCAGGGGCGGACGUAGCUGAACAGCUGAAGUCCUUUGCCGCGCAAUUGAAGAAGAUCAAGGAUUCAGGAACGUUGCAGUUUUUCCGUGGCCAAGAUGGCAAAAUGACGGUUCGGCUGAUCUAUGGGCAGGAGUGUCUGGACAGAGCACAUCUUCGUGAGCUGGAGCGGCGCGCUGCUCUCUUUACACCCUCCGUGCAAAGAGAAGCGGCUCGUGGGAGAGAUGACGCACCAGUCUCGCCGUUUCAGGCCGUCCUCGUGCGGUUCAUGACAGAGCUCUAUAACCAGACGCGCCGGAUGCUUGAGUUGAUGGAGAGCCUUCAUGCGAGCGGUGAGCCCCAUCUAGCCGAUGUUGACAACCUGCAGCUGAUCCUAGCUGAUGGUUGGGGGCUUCACCAUGUCGACCCCAGCCGGCACUUGGAGCAAGUAUGCCGACCAUGCAGUCGCUUCCUGCACUACCUGCACGAUGCGUGGAAAUCAAAGACCAAGGCCUUUCAAGAGACCUGUCCCAGGCUACGCCUCCUGGAUCCUUGCAAGAUGCUUCAGGUGAUUUUGGCUGAACGACAAGACCAGGCUGAGGAGGAACGAAUCGUUGCUGUGCACCGGCUGCUUUGGCAUUGUUUUCCUGAUGUAGCCUAUGAUCACUGGUUCCAGAUGGACACGGACCUGGUGGACAGACUGGCUCGCAAAAUGGGCACGAUGCGGCAAGACUGGCAGCUGCCUGUCAACCUUAUGAGUGCUAUGCUGCUAUGCCAGACAUCGAGGAAGCAGGGAGGAGCAUGGAGGAGGCCGGCACUGGGUGCAUUGGCUGCCUGCGUGGACGGGUUGGCCGAGCUGCACAAUGUUAGCGUUUCGUGGAAUGGCGAGCCUGUUGAGCGUGGCAUGAAGUGCUUCCAACUGCCAGGCACAGAUGCCGGCCCAAGUCCAGCUCUUGUUGCUGCAUGGAUCCUCCUCAGCAACAAUGAGCUUCAGUGGCCUCAUAUGUCACAGCUCUUCCAGUGCACUGACGUGACAUCCUGGGAUGAUUAUCUGCAGCCACUCCUGCAGGCUCCGUUGCAGGACCGCCCCGUGUUCAUUUUCGAUCCGGAUCAUCUCCCCGGCACAGUUCUUCAGGAGUUGAGCAAGUACGAAAGCGAGAUCGGAAAUGCAAGGAAAGUGAAGACGAUAUACAUCUUCAGCUCAGCAGCGCACGAAUCAGACCUGGCAAGGGUGCUUUUGACCCGCAGCUUGGAAGAUCUUCCUGAGAGCGAUGGCAGCAUAAAGGAUGCGUUGCAGGCUUUCCCACGGCCGAUAUUUCUUAAUGCAGUGGAGGAGUACAGGGGCAAGCCAGGAAGCGGCAAGUCUCAGCGUGCGAUGCAGAAGCGGUCAGAGUCAAACGCAGAGAUUGCAUACAGCCGUGUCAUGGUUGAUGAAAACUUCUCCGUCUCCCAGCUGAUGCGCGUGCUUUCGAAUCUCGAGGAGGAUGCCGCGACACAGAGCACCCAUCACUUCUGUUUGCACUUGGUGUUGCACGAUGACCUACGAGUUGUGAAGCUGUCCAACAUGUUGAUGUCCAUGAUCCAGGGCAUUCUUGUUGCUGAAGGUACUGGCAAGAUGUGGUUGAAGCCUUCGCACAUCCACUUGACACUUCAAAUCGAGGUCAGUGAUGCCUGCAAAGCAGACAGCUUCGCUCUUGCGCCGUGCGAUCUCUUUGGUGAACUGAGCGAUGCUGUGGCACCCUUCCAGCUCGACCUGGUCGCUGCUGAAACAAGCGGGGCCCUGCAGCCUACGACCACCGAGGGCAAGGACCAAACCGCGGACUUGAUGAGAAAAUCGAUCUCGGUCGCAAGCCACUGUUGCCUGGAUUUUCGCGAAGGGCAGCGUGAGCCCUUCUCCGGAAUUCGGAAAGGCAAGUUUCCUUCCCAGAUACGAGACCUCUCAGACACCGAGAUUCCUCGCGCAAUCAGGGACUUAUGCCAACAUUUUGGCAUGGGCUUUCCAAACGAGGAAUCGUCCAUGGAAAGCCAGCUAGAACUCACCGACUAUCGUCACAUGGCACAGAUUUGCCGCUUACUGGCUCUACGCCUAGAACUGUUUUGCCAGCUCAGUGAGAAGAAGGAUGCUUGGAAAGUCCAGGCGAUUACCAAGGAAUGCUUGGCAAGCGUUCUUGGCCUGCAGCACGAUGCCAGUCCAGCAUCUUCUUACAAACUGAAGAAUGGCCUUUUCAGACAGCCUUUGGCCUUUUGCCUGCUGAACGUCCUUCCUGAUGUGGAUGGAAUGGAUAGACGAUCUGUCAGUGAGGAGUACAUGUUUCUUAACGCGGACGAGUGUGGCAACAUAAGGCAUGCAAUUGCCAAGUGUGAUGAGCCAGGAAAAGAGAGGGAACGGACCAUCGACUUCGCUGACAGCAUCGAGGGUCAGCAGACUCCAUUGCCAUAUUCUGAUGACUGGCAGUCCAAGCUGGCCAAAACCAUAUGGCCGCUGUCAAUGACAGAUGAGGGUACUGGCUUCGAGAUCAGAUUGAACAACGGGCGGUUGCGACAGCCUCAUCAGACGUUGCUGCCGGCAGACUUUCCGAUACAUGUCAGUCUUUUGGGACAACCUGCGUUCAACAAUUAUGUGGAGCAUAAGUGUCGGUUGCGACAAAAGCUGGGGAUUGCGCUGGACCUUCCGGACACAAGCGAGGUUCGUCAGAUUGUCGAAGGCCGCGGAUUUGUGCUGACGGCUGAUGUUGUCGCGAAGGCAGUUGUGCUCAAGCAUCGAAUGCAACUUGGAAUGAAUGUCAUUCUGCAGGGUCACACAGGAGUCGGGAAGACCGAAAUAGUGGAGCUGUUGCAACACUUUUUCUCUUCACGGUUGGUGGGUCUUGUGCACCCACUGCGGGCCGACCGCAUUGCACAGCUCAAAGCAGCAGUACCACCUGAAUUUCAAGAGCAACUGGAGUGGAAAGGGUCAAUGCAUGAGAGCUUGUCCAACCUGGUGCAGAGUUCUGCAACGCAGCCAUCGCAAGAUAAUGCUGUUUCCGAUUGGGUUCCUCCUCUGUGCAAGAUCCUGGGAGAGAUGAGAGGCCUCAACCAGGCUUUGCCAACUCCCGUGGCGGUGGACGAUGCCGCAAGAGAUGAACCAGCUGAGCGUCUUUCUCAUUCAAUCGACAAGCUGCUGGAGACAAAGCCUCAGGGGACAGCGUGGAUUAGACAGGUCGCCCAAUGCUGUCAAGACUACGAGUGGGCAGAGCCUGCAGCGACGUUUUUCCAGGAGCUCAUCCAUCCGGGAAUUUCUUUUGAAGCUUUCACGAAUGUGGUGGCAAAAGCCAUUCAUGCGGCUGAGUUUUGGCAGUCCCGUGGACAAACCACCGCCGUGACAUUGCAGACCCGGUCUGGAAAGGUCGUCGGCAUUUCCAAGGGCUCCCUUCGGAGAGAUGCCCUUCCGACCGACUGCUUCCAGCAACUUGCUCUGCGAGAAUCUUGUGUUAGGGAUCAGCCUGGCAAGACGUUGCAGUCUUAUGACGGGUGCUAUUUGUCAGUCCGGGCGGAUGGUGGUCUGCACUUUUGCCAAGAGCCAGAUUCGAAUUCUGUUUUCCAAGUCUUGCCAAAUGGGAACAUCAUCCAGAAUGGCCGCUGCCUGCAUUGCCUUCGUGACGGAAGUGUCUCGGCAGCAGAGACGGAUCCGUCUCUGGAUAUCUUGAUGGCGAAAGUCGCAUUCAAGUGGUCAGGCCUUCCCUGGCAGGACAAGUCCACAGGAAGCUUUCAACCGGUCAUCCUUUUCUUGGACGAGCUGAACACCAGCAAAACACUAUUGCCCCAUUUGACAUCUCUUUUCGUCGACAGGCUGUUCGACGGAAGGCCUAUUCCGCCGAACUUGUUUUGUGUUGGGGCAAUCAACCCUCUAAAAGCGGACAAGACCAUCUUCACGGUCUUCAAGCUCCCCAAGCCAAUGCAAAGCCUGCUGAUCGAUUUCGGCGAGCUCGAUGAGUCCAUGGAGAAGAAGUUCUUGUACAGCAUGCUGUCGCCUGCCAGCAAAGACGAAGAUCCUAUCGGCUGUGCCGGCAUCACAGGGUUGCCGGUGGACCUCAGGAUCCGAGCCGUGGGAGCCAUUCUUGAUGUGCACAGGUACAUUCGAAACCUUAUCGAGCAAGACAGAGGCAAAGUUGAAGUUGAGGCAAUGACCGAAUGUCAGACAGUCAGUAUCCGGGAUUUACUCCGAUGGCGCAAGAUUUUGUUGUGGUUCCUCCAAGAGGUGGUUUCUGAGCCUUCACCGCAGAGUGUUGCAACACAUCCUGGCCAUGAUGUCACAUUCCAAGGGUUCGACUUCCUCAGGGAUGCAUCGGAUGAGGUGAAGCUGCAAUGGUGUGCAGUGUUUGCUCUGGUGACCAACUAUAGCUUCCGCUUGCCAAAACGAGGGCAGCGCAGGGAUUUGACACAGGCAUUGCAAAAGCAUUUCCAUUUGUUGAAGCCCGAAGAGGACAGUGCCAUCAUGUUCGCCCAGCACGUCGAGAAUGCUUUCGAUGCUUUCACGCACUGCAUUUCAGAGCAGGCUUCAGAGGAGCUGCGUCAUUUGGAGCCAGUCACCGGUCAUGAUCACAGGCGGCACACCGAUCACGUGAUCCUUUAUCGCUUGCUGAAUCAGAACCUCUUCAUCAACAUCUUGGGUUUGGAUGCCAACAUCCCGAACAUGAUUGUCGCACCCCCAGGCCAUUCGAAAACAUUUUCAAUGACCAUGGCGACGCAAGUGCUGCAAAUUUCCAGAAGCAGCCGGGCCACGGAGUUCUUCAAAGCACGGCCGCACCUUGCACGAGUGUUCCACUUCCAGGGCAGUGCCCUGUCAACACCAGAGCAGCUGAUGCAGACUUAUGGUGAUGCAACACGCAAGAAGAAAGCCCUGGCCAAGGAGGCAAGUGAGGAUGGCAGGAGGAAAGAUGCUAGUAUCAUGAGCAAGGUGUUGGUGGUCAUCGACGAGGCUGGAUUGAUCGAUGGCGUUGCGCUCAAAUGCUUGCACAGUGCCCUGGAGGAGACCACUACCACUCUUCUGUCGAACCAGCAACUGGAUGCCGCGAAAACCAACCGAGUGCUGCAGAUGCGGCAGUUCGAGAUCACGUCAGGCGAUCUGCAAUACCUGGUCAAGGGCGCACUCUUUGGAAGUGCAACGGCGGACCAGGCUGCCCCCAGAAUCCUUCAAAUUCGGGAAGAUCUUAUCAAGGGCUUCUUGCAAGUUUGGGACAUGGACAAGGACACGGUGUCUGGCAAGUUGCAGGGGAUACAGAACACUCCGAAGUGGAAGCAGACGUUUCAUCUUCGAGAUAUGCUCUGGCUGCUUUUCUACUUAAAGCAGCACAAGUUUGAGCAGAGGCUGCUGCUGAACGAUUUCGAAGAAGCCUCUUUCAUUCUGACCAAGGGUGUGCUUCGGAACUUUGGGGGUCUCCCGCUCGAUGAGACCAACAGUAUUGUGCAAUGGGCUUUCCAGCGAAUUAGAACUGCCUUGUCUGAAUCUUGCCCCGCAAUCACAGAGUCUCGUGCCUUCCGUGCUCGCUGUGGCAAGGAGGGCGUCUCCGUUCUGGAUGCGUUGCUUGAGAGCUUGGAGGACCAUAUCGAGCCUCAGGAGGACCUCAACCACACAUGGUUCAGGUACAUUAUGCUCAUUGACACCACCGGCAGCAAUGCAGGUCUUGCUAUGCUUCUGGAGGCUUUCAGAGGGAAGUUUGCCUUGGCUGGCCAAGUGCAGCCCGACACGCAGGACUCUGGUGAUGGGACAGCUCUUCAGUUGACUCGCCUAUCGCUUUCCACCUUUCCGGAGGAAGUCGAAGACACAGCGAGCCGCAAGGCAGACACGGACAUGGUGAUGCAGGUUUGUCAGCAAAUGGGGAUGCCAGGCAUUGCAGUGUGUGAGAACUUUUCACGCAUCUCUGAGUCUUUCUAUGAUGUCUGGAACCGGCAGUUCAUCCGGGGGCUUCAGCCGGAACAGGGGUACCCAACCUACACAGCGCGAGUGUCAGUUGGAGCUUCAUCAGAUCAGAAGCGUGUACAUCCUCUCUUCAAGUUCGUCCUCGAGGUGCCAGAAACGAUUGAGAACACCGAGAUGGCGUUGAGGAAUCGUACUGAAAAGUUCGUCCUCGACAUCUCCCACGUUCUGGAAAGGAGAUUGCAGGAGGCCCCUGUGCCUCGAGACGAGCAUCAGGCCUUUGAGCGAGACGUUCUGGCCGCAGUUGCCACGACUGAGGCAUGGGCCCACAAGCUGGGAGGACGAUCAACUUUUUGCGGCUUUGUUCCGAAAAAUACUGUUCCGUCCAUUAUGAUCCAUUUCCUGGAUCGCCUGAUGUCUAGAGACGGGACCCGGUAUGGAGAUUUGGCUAUGCUGCUCAACCAGCUUGCUGGGGAUGUGAUCCCAUCAGACACCGGAGCAGUAGAUGGAAGCCGGAUGCUUCCUCCAACGUUUGUCCCCGAAUCCAACCAAGAUCUGGUCGAAUGCAUGCUCAAGCUGUUCUUGACGCAGACUUGCCUCACCAAGCAAUCCGUCAUGGACUGUCUCUCCGAGCAUGCAGAUGUGCAUCUAGGCCACUACUCGUUCUGCAUCCAAGAGCACCUCUCCUGGUCACGAUUCUUGAGAACUACGCUCAAUCGUGGUGCAGGUACCAAGGUGGUCGUUUACACAGAACACUGUGGGACAGUGUGCCUUGCAGACAGCAUGAAAAGCUUCUUGACGACGGCUCUCCAACCUGUCGAUCCAGACUGCAAGAUUGGUGUUUUGGAUCUGUCGACUGUCCGGAAACGUCAGGAGUGUAAGGACAGGAUUCGGAGCGCCUUUGCUAAAGAGGCAGAGGCACAGAAUGACCCGCCUGAUUCUGAAACCACCUUGUUCGGCACUGCGCCGGCUGCGUCGAACAGAGACACCCUUCAUUUGCUGACAGUAUUGGUAAAUGCGCAGUCCCGGCACUACCAGCACGCACAGCUGUCCUAUGUGCGCGAAGCCAUUGAUAGUUACAUGGAGAGCCAUGGUGAGAACGUCAUGGUCCUGUGCAUUGUCUCACCCGCGUCAACAUACCGUCAACUUGGCCCUGCUGCAACUCCACUUCGUGCAGGGGCCUGUGCAUCGUUGUGGCUGAACCAAUGGGAUUUUCAUUAUAUGGAACCUCCAUGCUAUGAAAGUUCGCGGACUAGCCGCGAGAACCAGGACAUGGAGGUAUUAAGGGCUGCUCAGGUACAUCAUGGAGUUCAGAUUUGGCCUUUUGGACAAGAGCCCUUGCCGGGAACCAGCUUGUGCCCUGACGCGAUGUUGGAAUCGCGAAUUUGCGACCAGGUCUCGAGGCUUUCCCGAGCUGGGGCACUCCAGCGCUUCUUCUGGCAGGCUUCUGCAGAGGCACAAACUCGUCUUGAGGCUGCUGGAUUUCACAAGCAGUCCCUGCUUAGGAGUGCCCCGGAACGCAAACGCAUGCUGGCCCAACUUCUGAACUGGAAGAAUGGUGUCAUCAAGCAGCACUUGCGUGAUCAGAUCUGCAGGCAUUUAGCCGACCAUGACCAUGGUGUCAGGGCACGAUUGAAAGAUGUGUGUUCAACUUGGACCGAUCUGGCAAGGACAUCCUUGUCUAGUGAGCUGUGGGAUGCCGUGGUGUCUCGCGUUGACGAUGUCUGUCGGUCCUUCUUGCACCGCUUUGUGACAUCCUUCCCGCUUGAGUUGCUGAAGGAGCACGAGCAGACAGAAGGCCUCGAGGCAUGUGUGGAAGCUGCCAUCCGGUGGCUGGGAACUCGCAAACUUGUGCGCCCUCUCACGGAAUCGGCGAUUUCCCCCAGAUUUUGUCAUGUUCCGUUCUUCCGGGAUGUUGAUGCCCUUCUUUCCAAGCUGGUGGGUGGUCCCAGCCUCACGCAGCAAGAAUCGGAGCAUGGGCGGCUUGCAACCGAAAGUGCUCUGGAAGCUGCGUGGUCACAGAUCGAGUCCGGCAUACAUGCCCUUGCCAGGAGCCAAGCAAACUUUGAGCAUCUGCUCUUGCCACUGAGCAGCGAUGAGGUGUUUCCGCUGUUCUGUCUUGAUGCUAUGGCCGGCAUGAUGUCUUCACCAGCGACUACGCACAAGUGGAGCUCUGACACACUGCAUCUAGUUAAAAGCCUACUUGUGAACACCGCCCGGUGCAUCGCGAGGGAACGUCAGGCACAACCUCUGUUUGUCUACUGGUUUCUCCGGCGGCAUUCGAGCAUGGUUCUUGACAUUGCCAGCAUUCUGGAGAUGCUGCCUGUCAACAUUAGGGAAUGCGUGGUCUUGAGCACUGGACAGACGGUUAGUCUCAAGUUCCUCAACAUCAUUCUCGACGCCAUCCUCGAAACCAUCAAGACCAAAUCUUCAGAGAUGCUUCAGGCAUCUGACUGCAUGUGCCGGGGUGCCUUGGGUGGAUUGUCUGCGCUCCUCAGAGGACUUCUGGAUGCGGAAUCUCCACAAAGUGAUCUCGCCAGCCUUUGCACGAGCUUCAUUCAAGCAAGCUUGGCGCACUUCAGCUUCGAGUAUGUUGUCGUGUCGCCACAGCACAUCCUUGACUGCAUCGUCAUUGUGCGUCAAUGUCCGAAUCUGCAGCCCCAGACCGAUGCGAGAACGCUGGUGGAUUUGGCCAAAAGUUGCAUUCGGGGCAUUCUGUCCAAGUGCAGCAGUGGUGAUAAAGCCUCCGGAAUGACAAAGGUUAUUGUGUUCACCUUGGAUGCAUUCGCGAGGGUGGGCCGGGUCUUCGCAAAGCAGCAGCAGCCGGAAGCCACAACACAAACUCAAUUGGAUCUACAGCUCGAGUUGGCUAGGUUUGCUUUGCAGCUGGCGGCAGAGAGCUCCUUGAGUGGAACAGGUCUUCAUGUUGUUCUGUCGGACACGCUCCUCUCAGACGAGUUCGAGGUUGCCCACCAUGAGCAGUUUUGGGGGUGGGUAAAGGCGUUGGCCUCAGAUUUGCACUUGUCCCCAAAGAAGUUCGACCUCCCUGAAGAGCCCAAUGGCACUGGCGACAUGACCUCGUGGGUCAGCGAUUGGACGCCAGCAGAUGAACUUGCUUUUCGCUAUGCAGACCGCUAUUUGACGUUCUCCAACAGGAGGGCAUCCAAUUUGAAGAAAGCUCGGAUUCUGGCGCAGGAUUGGGGGAGCCUGAGGCCAAGUCCCGAAAGCCCAACAUGGCAACAGUUUGAAGCUGCAGGCCACCGUGCUGCGCUGAUCUCGGCCAUCGCCUCAGCAAUUCGCGAAGAAGGCGUAGGACCUCUGGUGCAAGAGCUCAAGGAGGCAGACCGGGCUCUCAAAUACGUGCAGGAGCUGCUAAAGAAUGCGGCCGCGCAACUUCAGCUUUUCCAGCUUAUAGGAAGCCAGUUGAAGGCUGAAGUCACGAAGCAUACAGAUUUCAUGAGUGUCCUGCCCGGAUUGAAGGUGUGGUCGCCGACAGAUGUCAGCCGCAACAGCCAUGAGAUGCCUUGGCUGUCUUUUGCUUAUGGACAGCACGUGGAAAGGGUGCUGUGUGACAGCAUUUUGAGGGCCGUCGAAUGUGAUUUGGCAGGCGAGCGUGCUUCCCGGCUUGAGGAAGCCGAGCGUCAGCUGAUGUUGUAUGUACAACGUGAUGUGGCCACGGCUGGAUCGCCAGCCCAGGCCCGUUUCAUCAUCGGGACAGUUGGAGCUCAUCUUGGUCGCCGAGCUGCCGAGGAGGAAGCAGCGGCCCGUGCCUGCCAGCGUCUCCGUAGCUGGAUCAAUGGCCCUGAUAUCCAAGAUUUGCUUCAGCUCAGAGGCUCACCACAAGAACACAGCUUGAAGUUGCUCUUGCACUUGGCCACACCGUGUCUUACCGAAGAAGUGCAAAAGCUCCGCAAUCUGUGGGAGCGUCACGAUGGUGGCUCUGAGGACCGGAUGGUGGCCUUCGCACAUGUGCUGUGCUUUUUGGCCUCCGCACCAAGAGAUUCGACGUUCAUGCACUGGCGCCUUACUCCUGAGCGAAUGAAUGCGAGUCGCUGUGCAGGCAUUGGCUCACAUUCCUAUCGUGAUACGCACUCUGUCAAGGAUUGCGGCUACAAGAACGACAACGACACAGAGGCUUUUCCUGUUACGCCUAAGGAAUUUGAUGGUCAUGCCGAGGGUCGUGCAUGGGGUGCCUACUUGACAUGGGCAUCGCUCGGUGUCGCUUGCCUUCUGGAUUUUCAAGGGGUCCAGGACAAUCUUGGCUACUACGUGACGGGAGGCCUGAUGCCACACCAUCGGGUCAACGGGCAAGUCACGGCAGAGUCACGCCUGAUGCAUGUGAUGGAUCGCAUGGAUACAUUUCUAGGGCAUCUGCGUGUGCUCUGCCCAGAGUCAUCCUGUGCUUCCAUUAUGGGGCACACCCUUUGGAAAUACCUGUGCGUUUGUGAGCAGCAGCAGGAGCACCACAAGCCAUACUUGAAGCACAAAGUCUUGCCGGAGAAUCUCGUGGCCUACGAAUGCUUCCUUUGGCACGAAGUGUACAGUCCGGGUACACAUGCUGUCGGGCAGGCAGAGCGAGACCUUGCUGCCAACUCUCAAGCCUCUGCAAACAAGGAAGCAGAGUUGUACGAGUGGUCCCAGCAGGCUGCGGCUCGCCGCAAGAUCCACCCUCACAGGAUGGACUGGAAAGAUGUCCUGCCGCAGCGCAGCCCACCCGCAGAAGCUGCUUCACGUUCCAUCGAUCCGGACUUGGGCGAAGAUGCGGACCAUGCGCAGCUCCAAACCGUUCUUGAGGCAGCCACCCUAAAUCACGAAAAGCACGCCGGGCGGAUCAAAGCACUGGGCCAAGGAAUACUUCCAAGGUUUGCCAGGCGGGCGCGCUGGUUUUCCACCAUCGUCUCCACCUACCUUGAACUCCAACUGUUCGAGACAGAAGGUGAGGACGAGCCAACGCUCGAGGAUGCUUACAUGAUGCUUAAGGAGAAGUUGCCAGAGCAUUGCCACGAGACAUUGCUGGAAGGAUUCAAGGACUUGUUUCGUGUCUGGAACGAGGCGAUCGAUAUUGGCGUAAUGGACGACUGCGAGAACGUGGGAGGCUUGGAAGCGUUCCAGACCCUGGAAGACCCUUGGCGGGCCAAAGUAUCUCUUCUGGCUGUUACGAAGGUCACCCAGGACAGAAACGGGCCUAACGGCUUGCUGAAGGUGUUGAGCUCCUUUGCCGAUUCUGAGAACUGGCUCGUCGGGCAACUGGAACAAACGCAACCGGGGAGAAGCAGGUGCGUGGGCACUGCUUUCGUCACUUGCUCGAUGCUGCCGUAUACCUCGAAGCAUUUUGUCGCCAAGUCCGUUGACCAGAUGGAUGCACAGAAGUUCAUCCCACUUUUCUGCCGGGGAGGUGUCUCUCAAGUGAACGAGCUCAAGGCCUUUGUGGCAUUUCUUCUUGAUCGGGGCUUGCGCAUGUGUGUAACCCUUCCCAUGAUCCACGAGUUGAAGAACUGGGUCCUGCUCCAACAAGUCUGCCAGACAGAUCUGCCAACAUGGAGCAUCAGCAUUGCUGCCAACGGAUCCAGCUCUACUGCCGCUUCAAGUGGACCUGUAGCCAAGCUGGCUCUGCUGCCCUCUGAGCUGAAGAAGUUGCAUCAGAGCGUGGUCAGCAUGCGGGAUUCGCUGCAGGAUUUCGCAGGUCCUGAGGUUUGCGCGCGAUUCCAGCCCGUCUCCUUUGUCAAAGAAAGAGUCAGCAGAGAUCUGAGAGAUGUUCAAAGCGAUGCAGAAUGUCGCCAGUUGGCUAGAAAGCUUGAUGGCGCCAUUGGUUGCGUGUUGGACAGCCCUGCGUGGCAGUGGACAGGGACCCAGAUUCCGUCCAUUGCGCAUCUGCAGGGGAUGUCUCUCGGGGACUUCGACCCUUCCCUUCCGUACCACCUCGGCAACUACAGUGUCUUGGAUGUCCCUUCAUUGGUUCAGGUGCUCAGCAUGAUGUGUCUACAGCCUAAUAGGUCGUCAACGCAUUGCUGGCCAGCGGAGCUUAGAGAGCCGCUGGACUCGACAGCUCGUGCCAAGCUCGAAUCAUCUCUCGAGAAUCAGGUCUCGAGGGUUCCUGUGCAUGCUCGGCUCGCGACGGCACAUGCCCUGGCCGAGUGGCUGGAGAAGCUCAUGUCCGAACAUGUGAAUGUUUUGGUGGCGAAUGCAGAAGCACGCUUCGGCGCCAAGCUAGAGGUCCCAUCAACCGCUGCAUCUUCGGCAUCAUCCACACUUCCACCGAGGGCUGCCGGGCAAUCGGUGCUUCCACAGGUGGACCAAUUGAGCCAGGACGCCUCCAGCAUCUUGGAGGUUUUGAGCCAAUCAUGGGUCUUCAACUCCAACGUGAAGGAGCUUUGCGAGCUUCUGGCCCCCAAGGUGGUCCAGCUGAUGAUGCCGGACAUCGCGGUGCCCAGCUCCGUCCCGGACGAGCCCGAGGUGGAUGACGAUUUCGAUUUUUGA